AUGGCUCUGCCUCCACCGAUAGCCUGGACCACCUGCAGAGGGCGUCAAUGGCCAGGCAGCGGCGGCAGCAGGGGAGCGCUCCAGGUCCACGGCCUAGAAGGGUCAUCCACACCACACCGUUCGGGCUGUGGGACAGCUUCCCGGAAGCGAGGACGCUGGACCAGAUGGUGCGGACCAUGGAGCACAUCAUGGACGGCGACGACGACGCCCGUUUCGGCGUCGUCGUGCCGGCAGCAGCGGCGGCUCCCACCGCCGUGCCGCGCGGCCGACAGCGAGCGGCGGGGGCGGACGCCGUGGGAGGUCAGGGAGCGCGCGGGGGAGUACCUAGUCCGGUUCGACAUGCCCGGGAUGGCUCGGGACGACGUGCGGGUUAGCGUGCAGGACCGGACGCUCGUCGUGGUCGCCGAGAAGAAGCAGCAGCCUGCUGCUGCUGGCGUUGUCGAGAAGCAGGAAGCGGAGGAAGCGGCAGGCGGCGAUUAUGAGGAGGGAGACGAGGAGGAGGAGGCGUGGCCGGCGGCGAGCUUCGGGCGGUACAGGACACGGGUGGAGCUGCCGGAGAACGUGGACGUGGAGAGGAUCGGCGCGGAGGUGAGGGACGGCGUGCUGUACCUCACCAUACCCAAGCUGUCGGCGGGGGGCAAGGUCGUCAACAUUCAGGUACACUGA